CCACACGGCUUCAAUAAGCUCCGGCGUUGGGAGAUGGAAAAUUACCUUGUGACCAAGAGGGGAGGUCAGGAACAGCGCAUAGCAAAGUCAGACUCCACUUAUCCAGAGUAGCAGAAGCAGCAGCAGAGCAGCAGAGGGAGGAUGAUCACAGGGGACCAAGGGCGGGCAUGGAGAAGCUGAAAGGUCCCGCCGUGGGAUGCACCACGGCCACCUGUGGAUGGAGAGCCCUGCUUCUCCCCCAGCUGAACCGGCAGUCCCUGUACGUCUAUGGCAGCGAAGUGGCUGUGGAGAAGGAGUGCAUCCGGCAGCUACAGAGCGGAGUCUUGGUCAUUCAUCCAUUCAGCCCCAUAAGGAGUUACUACAUCAUGUGCAUGAUGGCCAUCACAUUCCUGAAUCUGAUCGGGAUUCCAAUGGAGAUAGCAUUUCUGGACGGAGACACUGGGCUGGGAUGGGAAGGUUUCAAUGUGUUCUCAGACACGCUCUUCCUGAUGGAUGUGGCUUUGAAUUUUCGGAUGGGCAUCAUACCAGAGGACAGCGAGGUGGCCAUUCUGGAUAUAAAGCAGAUCCGAGUGAGCUACCUGCGGACAUGGUUCAUUCCGGAUGUGAUAGCAGCUUUCCCCAUCGGUUACAUACUGUUCUUUGCGGACUUACAAUACCACAGUGAUGACAACCCCUCCAAAACCAACAAAAUGAUGCGGAUACUGAUGUUUGUGAGAAUCCUCAGCCUGAUCCGGCUGGUGCGAGUGUCCAGGCUGGUCAGGUUCUUCAACGAAGUAGAGAAAGUUUCAAAUGCAAACCUGGAGGUGGUCCGCUUAUUCUUCCGCAUCCUGUCUCUGUUCAUGAUGAUUUUCCUCCUGUGCCACUGGAACGGCUGCAUCCAGUACUUUGUCCCCAUGCUGGAGGAGUUUCCCACCGACUGCUGGGUCAGGAAAGAAAAUCUCAUGAAUGCCACAGUGAGUGUGAAGUACUCUUGGGGAAUUUUCCGCGCUCUCUCUCAGAUGAUCGCUUUGUCCUAUGGCUCCAUGGAUGCUCCCACAAAUUACGUUGAAUUGUGGAUCGUCAUGGUCAGCAUGGUGUCGGGGUGUCUGAUGUACACAGUCCUGGUGGCCAACGCUACAGCCAUGAUAGCCAACAUGGACCCAGCAGCCAAGGAAUACAAGAGCAAGAUGAGCCGUUUAGAGCAUUACAUGGCUUUUAUGAAGCUUCCACCAGAGCUCCAGCUUCGUAUCAACAACUACUACCAGGCGCGCUACGGAGGAAAGUGGUUUGAUGAGAAGGACGUCAUGGACACAGUCUCCUCAGCGCUGAAAGAGCAAAUCCUGACGGUGAUGUGCAGUCGUCUGUUGAAAAAGAUGCCCAUGUUCCAGGACAGAGACGUCAACUUUAUCAACGCCAUGCUCCUUAAACUGGAGUAUGAGGUUUUCCAGGAGGGCGACACCAUCGUCCACCAGUAUGCUCCAGGAGACCGCAUGUUCUUCAUCGACCACGGCCAGGUCCUGAUGGAGACCGAGUCCAUGCAGAGGGAGCUUUGUGACGGAGACUACUUUGGAGAGACAUGCAUGCUGACCAAGGGCAAACAUCUGGCUACAGUGAGGGCGCUGACCGACUGCCAGUGCUUCUCUCUGUCCUGGGGCGGAUUUCAAGAGACGCUCGAGGGCUUCCCAGAUGUCAAGAAGGACCUGGAAAAAAUGAUUCAGCUCAACUGGGAUAACGGCCUUAGCGUGUAAGACCACGGCCGGUGCCUGGACUUUCAUCUGCUGCGCUGUGUGAGAUGGACAGGAACUGUGGAUAUGAACAAUGAUACUCCCUGGGCAUUUCAUAUGAUGGACAGAAAUGCCGUACAAGACUGUGGACAUUACGCACACGUGCAUGGAGUGAUGAGGAUUUUCACUGAGAGCGGACAUUAUUCUAUUUUAUGAUGUAAUGUUUCAUGAGCAAUACUAAAUAUGACCUCGACAGCAGGCCUACAAACAGGCCAAUACUUCCAUCUCAGCUUAAUGUUUAUACAAUCGCUUAUGCAUAUUUUGGAAAGAUCUGAUGAAAAAAAAAAUCAGCACGACUAAAAAAGGAAGAUAUAAACAUUCAAAUGUGUGUCUUUUUUGUUUUUCUUCCAAACGGCAUUUAUUUUUGAAGUAUUAUUACAUAAGGCAAGGUAAUACCACUGUGAAGCGAUACAAAUAAAGCAGGUAAUAAGGUAA